AUGCCUACCGUCCUUCUCACCGGUAUGACCGGCUUUCUUGCCGCUCAUAUAGCCCACUCCUUCCUCAGACACGGCUGGACAGUCCACGGCACCCUUCGCUCCAACUCCAAACGCGCUGCUGUCGAGGCCGUGCCGGAAUACGCCCCUUACCUCGCUUCGGGCCCCUCGAAUCUGCUGAUUGGAGCGCCGCAAUUAAAGGUGUUGACUCGGGAGAAUCAUCUGAAGCGGGCGGUGGAUGGUACGAAGGGCGUGCUUCAGGCCGCGGCGAAGGAGGCUGAUAUCAAGUCGGUCGUUCUUACAAGCUCCAUCGGCGAUGUGGAGGAUGACUGGAAUUCGUAUACGCUCGAACAGUUGGGCGAGAUCUCUGCAACCCAAAAGUCCGAUAACCCCGUCUUCCCUCCCGGUAUGCUCUUUUACAUGGGUAGCAAGAAAUACGCCGAGCUUGCAGCUUGGGACGCUCAGAAAGAAGCAAAGGCCCAAGGCUCAGAUUGGAGUCUGGCGACUAUAAAUUGUGUGUUGAUCUGGGGUCCUCCAAUCCAACCACUUUCAUCUCUUUCGCAAGGGGGCAUGUCUACUGAAUUCAUGUGGAUGCUUGCGGGCGGCAAGGAUAAGCCUAUCAUGACAUCUCUCAUUCCCUACUAUGUUGACCCGCCGUCCGACACGCUCAAGGGCGAUUUCUCAUAUCUGCUGGUCAUUACGAUUUCCAAGAAUACGCCGACAAACUUCGAGAUUUCUACCCCGCCCAAGCCGACCGUUUUGCACUCAGAUCCCGGAGUGUACGAUGUUUCGAAUGAGAAGAGUAAGAGAGAGUUGGGAAUGACUUAUCGACCGCAUGACGAGACGUUGAAGGACACGUUUGAUAGGUUUUUUGAGCUUGAAAAGCAGGGUUUGCAGUAA